CGAGCCAAUUGCGUUCAUGUCGAUAUUCCCCUACGCGUACUUCAUGGUCGACUCAUUCGGAAUCGCAAAGAACCCAAGCGAAAUCUCCAUGUAUGUGGGCAUGGUGACGUCGGCCUUCGCCUUCAUGGAGUGCAUGAGCGGUAUAUUCUGGGGCCGGCUCAGCGACAAGAUUGGGCGGAAGAAGGUGCUGCUCGGAGGCCUCUUCGGCACUGGGCUGAGCAUGCUGCUAUUCGGGUUCGCUAAGAAUCUGGCCAUGGCCUUAUUUGCCCGAGCGCUCGGGGGCUUGCUGAACGGGAACAUCGGCGUUCUUCAGACCACCGUCGCGGAGCUGGUCACCGUGGAGAAGCACCAGCCGCGCGCGUACUCGAUUAUGCCCUUUGUCUGGUGUCUUGGCACCAUCAUCGGCGCAACGCUCGGCGGGGUCCUCGCCCGCCCCGCCAUCUCCCUCCCGGCCUGGUUUGGGGGCACCAUUUUCGAGGCCUACCCGUAUCUCCUUCCGAACUUGGUCUGCACAGCGGUGGUCGUCCUGGGGCUCGCCGUCGGCAUUUUGUUUCUCGAGGAGACGCACGAGGACCGAAAGUAUGACCGGGACCGCGGCCGCGAGGCCGGGCAAUGGCUGCUGAACAAGGUGUGGGGACGGAAUGCAGACGCACCCUUGAGCGACAAGGAUGGCUCUUUGGACGAGAUGAGCUCAAUGCUGGAGGCCCAUGGCCCUCGCGUCUCCAGGAGCACCGCCAGCUCACCAACCCUAUGCAGCUCUCGCUCGUCCAUGGCGGAGCCUCCGCCCUAUUCGCUGGAGAAAGGCGCUCCCCGUGCACCUACGAUCCGCGACGCAUUCACGAAGCAGGUUUGCUUGAACAUUGUGUGCUACGGCAUACUCGCUUUCCAUACGAUUUCCCUGGAGCAACUGCUACCGAUCCUCAUGUCGAAAAAGGAGCCGAGCGGAGAAGGACGCCACCUUCCAUUCUAUUUCCAAGGCGGCUUCAACUUCUCGCCUCAAACGAACGGCGCGCUUCUUUCCGUACAAGGCGCCCUCCAGAUGAUCGCACAGCUUGUCAUUUUCCCGUGGAUCAGCAAGAAGCUGGGCAGCCUGCGCACCUUCUGGCUCACCAUUGCUUUUUAUCCGUUCCUCUACGUGCUGGCCCCGUACCUGGCCCUUCUCCCCAAGAACCUCCGCAUCCCUGGCAUUAUCCUAUUGCUGGUCUGGAAAGUCACGGCCCAAUCGCUCUCCUACCCGUCUCUCGCUAUUAUGCUCGCAAACGCCUCUCCUUCCAAGAAAGUACUCGGCACGUUGAACGGCGCAGCAGCAGCAUCCGCCAGCGUCUGCAGGGGCUUUGGUCCAACGGUAUCGGGUGCAGUUGAUUCCGUCGGUGACCGCAUUGGGAUGUCGGGCCUGGCCUGGUGGACCUGUGCGGGUAUCGCCGCGAUUGGGUGGAUGCCCGGUUUUCUUAUGAAAGAGGAGAGGAAGCGACCAGGGUUCCGGGGCGUCGAAGAAGACGAAGAGACUGGCCUCGGAGAGGCAUUGGCGCACCCCGACGCGGAUGCGGAGUCAGUCAUGACGCUCACGCCUGAUGACACGGGCGAGGCAUUGCUGUCGAAAUAAGUCACGAGAGAAGGAUGACGAUGGCGCCACACGAUUUCCAACUAUCGACAUUUCAGCGGCGGCGUCAGCCAUUAUUACUGGAGUUUAAUGAGUUUAACCAAUGGGAACAGGGCCAUAGACAUUGCUCAGUCACAAAACGACGGCCAGGGGCCAGCUUGUUUUCUAGGCGCAUUACGAAAAGGACGAUUUGUACCAUGUCAUGGGCGGCUCUUGUGAGGGAAUUUUUUUUAGACGGAGCGUGGACAAAAAAUACCUGCAGAAGGUCUGGCUGAGUCGGCGUUGGAAACCAAAAGAAUAAUACCCCCCCACAUCUAGACGAUAGAGUAGCUGGC